AUGAGGAAGGAAAUCUGCAGCCUAGCUUUUGCUCGAGCUGUCUUCGUGGAGUUCCUCGCGACGCUCAUCUUCAUCUUCAUUGGCCUUGGCUCGGCCCUGAAAUGGCCCUCAGCCCUUCCCAGCAUCCUGCAGAUCUCGCUGGCUUUUGGGCUGGGCAUCGGCACCCUGGUGCAGGCAUUUGGCCACAUCAGCGGCGCCCACAUCAACCCAGCGGUGUCUAUCGCCUUCUUUGUGGGCAACCAAAUCUCCUUCUUCCGGAUGCUGUUCUACGUGGUUGCCCAGCUGGUCGGCGCCAUCACAGGGGCAGGCAUCCUCUAUGGAGUGACUCCAGCCAACACCCAUGGAAAUCUAGCUAUUAACGCGCUCAACAACAACAUAACUCCUGGCCAGGCACUGGUAGUAGAGAUCCUUCUCACCUUCCAGCUGGCCAUGUGCAUCUUUGCCUCGACUGACAACCGCCGGACCGACAACCUGGGCUCUCCCGCACUGUCCAUUGGUCUCUCUGUCGCCUUGGGCCACUUGAUUGGGAUCUACUUCACAGGCUGCUCCAUGAAUCCUGCCCGAUCUUUUGCACCGUCUGCCAUAAUGAGAAGCGUCAUAAUGAGAAGGUCCAGCAGCGCCCACUGGGUCUUCUGGGUAGGACCCAUCCUUGGAGCAGUCCUGGCUGCGCUGCUGUAUUUCUACAUUCUGGUUCCCUAUUGCAUGAACAUGUCCGACCGGAUAGCCAUCGUGAAAGGCACCUACGAAUCCGAGGAAGAGUGGGAAGAGCAGAGGGAAGAGAGGAAGAAGUCCAUGGAGCUCACCUCCCCAUAA